AGCAGGUUUGAUAAUCUGGGCAAUUUUUUAAAAACCAUUAUGUUUAUCUAGCGCGUAUACGUUUAUCUGAAUGUUCUUAUUAGAUUGUUUUCUUAUUUAGCUUGCUUUUUGGUUAAAUAUUGGCAAGCUGCACUGUAGGUGGCAGCAACACACCCAGUGGUUUUAAAUCUCAUUUCAAGCGGUAGGAGACGAACAACAAGAGCCCGCGUUUUAUAAAUAAACAUGCGGGUUAACAGUGCGCCAACAGUUCUAGUUUAGAUUUUCAUAACGUUAUAUACAAACUCUUCUGCUCUUUUUAUUUUAUCUAUGAGUUCCAUACAACUUUUAGACAUCCCUCCCAUGGUCGGAUCCUCGUUUUCUAAACACAAAAACGAGAAUGCAUGAACGUUUGGGGUGCUUUAAUGACUGAAAGCCAAGAAUGAGUACCAUCAAAGGAGCAGAAUUCCAGCUCAGCGACAGUGACUCCAGUGACUCAGAGGAGCUACCGGUAAUUGACUUCUCUCAGCAUAGAAACACCCAGGAACCGAAGUGUGAACUGGCGGUUUUGGAUGGAUCAGGCUCUGAGAUGACUGUUUCGGCCUCCUCUCAGAUACGUUGCCCUACUACUGGUGUUGUCAGGGCUGACAUUUUUGUGGUCAGCAGUGAUAGUGAGGAGGAAGAGCCAUUUAUUCCUCUGGCUGUAAGGCUUCAACAGAAGCAGCAGAUUUGCCCAGCUGCUGUGGCAGAUGUGCAUGAGAGCCAGGUUUCAUCUGCGAACUGUAAUGGACGUGUAAUGGAUCAGCCAUCACCUGCCGUAACCAUCGGUCGUAGAAUCCCGGCCGUUCAACCCGAAGAUAAUGUGGGAGCAUAUGCAGAUCUCACAAGUCGUCCGACUGCCGACUGGGGUACUGCAUGUCCUGCGAGGGGCGGCGAGACAGACACGUGUAAGCGCAAGCGGAAGCGCACCCCUGCAGAAGUGGAGGCGGCCAAACAGGAGGCCCAGGGGAGGAGACUGAAGGAGCAGCAGCACAGAGACAGGCUGCAAGCAGAGAAGAAAGUGCUGACGGAUGCUGUGAAGGCCAUGAGACCUGAGGAGUGCCUCAAACACAUGGUGGUGACCGUAGAUCCAGGACUGCUGCAGCUGGAGGGGGGUGGAUCUCUCCUAACUUCUCUGCAUGCUAUGAGCUGCAGCUGUGCCAUUGAGAAGCAGUCUCUCCCAAGCAGCAUCUCCUGGGCCAGACGCAUACCCUGCCCUCAGACUGGAGAGCUGCUGUCUAUUACUGAAUCACACACAGUGGUUCAAGUACCAGUAGAUGAUAUUAUCAACAUGGUUCACCACUACAAUAAGGAGCAAAAGUAUGGUGGGACAACUGACCGUCACCUGUCCCUGACUUCUUGGGUUUUCCGUCUCCUGGCCAGAAACUCGGGCAGGACCAUCACUCUGGCAGUGAUUGAUAUCGAGAAGUAUUUUAAAACUCGGAGUGCUAAGAGUCGUCAGAAGUUCCGCACCGCGGUGCUGAGUGAGGACAGGGACCCAGGGCCGCAGGGUGGAGUAAGGAAGAGGAGGAGGAAGGACGCCGAGUCUCUUCCUGAUGUUUCUCGUGUAGACUUGGAGGAGGCUUUGGUUGACCUGCAGCUCCACACUGGGGUUCAAGUUCACUUUCAUUCAACCUGGAAGGACUUCACUAAUUAUGUUACUAUGACAACCAAGGCAGUAUCUGAAGCACCGUUUAAACGGGAGAGGGAGAAGACGGGCUUUAGUUUUUAUCUAGAGAGUGAGUGGGCAGGUGGUCAGAAGGUGGAGAGAACGGGUAAAGGCCUUCUGCAGGUAUGGAAGAGGCAGAUCCAACAGCUGAACCGGGUCAGCCCAGACAUGGCCAGUGCCAUACUCGGUGCCUACCCUUCUCCCCAGCUUCUCAGUCAGGCAUACGGUAGGUGCAGGUCAGAGCAAGAAAAGGUCACACUGCUGUCAGACAUGCUGAUACGUCGUGGGGAGGGAGUGACGUCAACGACCCGCCGGGUUGGGCCAGAACUGUCCAAGCGUCUGUUUCUGAUUAUGACUUCAGCUGACCCCCAGCAGAACCUAGAUUCUAUGGCAUAGAUACGGAUAACCAGUCUGACAUGUCCCCCAGCCCCCUACCAGUACCACUAACACCCUGCUUAUACCAGUUACACAUCAAUCAUGUAUUUUUCUAUCAUCUCUUUGUCUGUUUGCUUGUGUGUGUGUA